AUGCAGCAACAUCACCCGUAUGCAAUAGCGUGCUUUGUGCUGGCGGCGCAAGUCGUCGUUUUCACCUUUGGCCCCGUGGUGGGCAUUCUGUUCCUGCUCCACGCGGCUGUGUGGUGGGGCGAGCGCCAACGACGGUGCGCAAAUGGCGACAUUGAAAUUGCGCAACCAUUGCACGUUGCACCAAGCAAUCUCGUUCGUCUGCGAUCGGCGCCGCCUGGCGGGCGUAUCGUGCUGUAUGAUCAAAGUCCGGCGACCCCCAGCCACCGCAACACCCGACAAGUUGUCCCUGCGGUGACUCGACCGGUGCAAUGCGCAUACCACGACGUCCGCCAAUCGAUCAAGACGAAACUCCAUGCGGUGGUCGUGGACUAUUACCACAACUUAUGCCGGGACGUCGGGGUGUUUCUCGUGCUCCAAAUCAUGGUCAUGGCCAAAGUUCCGACGACUUUGCUGCACUUCACGGAGCACGCGAUCAAGUCCGAUGAUCUUCUCACUUCGUGCAUGGUCACUGUAGUCAAAGACCUGUUGUAUCUUGCGCUGGCGCGGAAAAUCCUUUCACCGUGACACUCCGUGCCCGUUACGUGCAGCCUCCGCCGCACCCACUGCGUGUGCUUGAGGAUGACUUAAGUCCUCGGAGCGCGUUUCAACUCAUUGGAAAGUUGAAACCUAAUCCAUAGUUGCAUACAUCCCAUUGUCGAGCCUAGCGCCGAGCGGAACAACUCGUCCUCCUUGUUCAUGCGAAUCGAAAUGCUUGUGCUGGGCCAGAGCGCACCUGACGUGUUAAUCCAGCGUUCGAAGGGCGAGCUUGGACGUGUUGGUGAGGGCGGUGCCAAGGCGAAAGGCGACUUCGUG